AUGUACGAUUUAAAGGCUUACUCUACGUGCACCGUCACAGCCAUUAAGGAGAAGAUUGUGUUCUUUUCUCCCGCCGGUGCUGUGUUGCAUGAGAUUGUCGUACAGCAGAAGUUACCGCCAGAAGGGACGGAGACUGGCAAUGGCAAACAAUCCACUAACCAGCCGGCAAACGUUGUAACGUUCGAGUACUCGCCAGGCGCGAGUGUGUUGGCCGUUUCGCUGAGCGAUAAAACGCUACGAUGCUACACACUGCAUCAGGAUGGAGAAAAAUUGUAUUCCACUCCUUUAGGCGAUAGCAUUCCUACGGUGAGAACGAUUGUGUGCAUGAAAUUCCUGUCCCAGCGUGGUGUUCUGAUCGGAUCGGAUAAGAGCGAUUGUUUCGAGUUUGAUGUGUUGGGCAAGUCGGGAAAAACAUCUAAAUGGAUUCUUGGCCAUAUGAGUCAAAUAUUGGGACUGGCAGUCAGUAAUGAUGAACGAUUAAUAAUAACAUGCGAUCGGGACGAGAAAAUUAAAGUCAGCUCGUACCCAGACUGCCAUAACAUCGAGUGCUACUGUUUGGGUCAUUUGGAGUACGUUGGUGGGAUUGAGGUAAUUCCCUCCCAAAAGCUCGUCUCCGUGUCGGGCGAUCGAACACUGCGCCUGUGGGAUUUUGCCGACGGGAAGGAAACAUGCCAGCUAUCGCUACAGGAUCCUGCGGUAGGGCUGACGGUUCAAAAAGCAAUGGAUGAUAGCGAUAUGCUGUGCGUAGUUAGGAGUUCCGUUCAAAAUAAGAUCGAGGUAGCUCUAGUGCGGACUGGAGCACCCAAUGCAAGCCUUAUGUAUGAUCCGCUAAUAGUUGAUGAUAGUUUAAUCGUACUAAGUGCGGCCUUGAGUGACGCUUUACAGCUGAUGUUGUUGGUGAUGGAGAAGGAGAGCAAGCGUGCCAGAAUGCAGGUUUAUAAUUUUUCGGCCGACAAACAACAAUUCUUGGCUAUUACUGACCAUCCGUUAGUGAAGAGCUUUGACACUCAGUUUAGUGAAGUAACGAUUGAGCAAGCGCGCGAUUACUCCACACUCUUCAAACACAGCAUCGAUAAUCUUUCGGAGUACUUUGAACGUAAGAAGCAAAAGAUUGGAUCGAAAAAAUCCAAAUAA